AGGGAGCCCACGCAAGAAAAUUCCUUGUCCUUACCGAAGACGAUCAUCGGCAUCGGUAGCGUGCGCUUCCAAUCCAUGGGUGUGGGCGCCAUCCGACCAAUUGCAACUUGCCUGCCUGCCCCUUCUCCAUAGCGACAGUGCAGCGACCUUCCAGCUCAGUGCCCCAGUGAGCUGAACCCAGUCCAGUCCCGAGCGUGAUCCAUUAAUGGGGGAGGCGACGGCGGCGGCGACGGUGGAGGCGGACGCGGGGGCGCCGCUGAGCAGCUGGGUGGUGGAGAUGGAGAAGACGAUCGGCGAGAUGCACAUCGACCCGGCGGCGGAGAUGGCGCGGUGGAAGCGGCACUCCAUCUACCGCGUGCCGGAGCGGAUCAAGAACCUGCACAACAGCAAGGCGUACCAGCCGGAGCUGGUCUCGCUGGGGCCCUUCCACCACGGCGACCCGGAGCUGCUCCCGAUGGAGGAGCACAAGCGCCGGGCCGUGGUGCACCUCGUCAAGCGCUCGGGGCGGCCGCUGCGGGAGUUCGUGGCCGCCGUGGCGGAGGUGGCGCAGCAGCUGCAGGACGCCUACAAGGACCUCGGCGACGAGUGGCGCGGCGCCGGUGAGAACCGGGACCGCUUCGUGCAGCUGAUGGUCACCGACGGGUGCUUCCUGGUGGAGGCGAUGCGGAUGGACGCGCUGCGGGGAAAGGUGCACGAGGAGUACGCGCCCAACGACCCGGUCUUCAGCAAGUACGGCUACCUCUACCUGUGGAACUACAUCCAGUCCGACAUGGUCGUCGUCGAGAACCAGCUGCCGCUCCUCCUCCUCCAGAGGCUCCUCAUUGUCCUCGAUCACCACAAAUAUCAGAACGCUUCACGGGUGAGCAGGUUGGUGCUUGAUUCUCUAUGUCCGUGGCGCCGACACUUGGUUGGCAUCAAUCACCUUGGGCUCCACCCUCUCGACAUCUUGUACACAAGCCUCACCCACGGCGACCAUCAAGAACGCACCGGAUCGACGGCGUAUGUCAUGCCCUCGGCGAUGGAGAUAUACGAGGCCGGAAUCCAUUUCAGGGUGAGCGAUACCGACAGCCUCCUCGACGUCCACUUCGAACGUGGCAAGCUAAGCAUGCCGGCGAUCAGGGUUGAUGACAGGACCGAGAAGAAGUUUCUGAACCUGAUGGCGUUCGAGCGGCUCCACCCCGGUGCUGGCAAUGACGUGACGGCGUACGUGAUCUUCAUGGACAACAUCAUCAGCUCGGCCAAAGACGUGGCGCUGCUGAGAUCCAAGAACAUCAUCGAGUGUGGGCUGGGCAGUGACGAGGAGGUGGCCAAGCUACUCAACAACACGCUCAACAAAGGAGGAGUGAUGAGCCCGGCUAGCAGGCUCCACGACGUGCAGCGGCGGGUGAAGGCCCAGUGCACGAUGAGGAGGAACAAGUGGCGAGCCAAUUUCAUACAGAGGUACUUAAGGAAUCCUUGGGUGUUUAUCUCACUUGUAGCCGCCGUCGUCCUGCUUGUGGCCACUCUAUUGCAGACUGUGUAUACUGUUUUGCCCUUCUAUAAGAUUAUUUAGUACCACUUGAAUAUACCAUGUAAGCUUUCUAAUAUUGAAGCAUAUAUGUUUUGCCCAAUUUGGUUCAUGGACUC